ACGGGGACUGUGGGACGUGCGGAACCGAGAACCCGGGGCUGGAAACGGCCAUCCCUUCGGUCGUGCAGGAUGGAAAAACUGGUAUACCGCGGAAGACGAGCAUUAUAAAGGAUGGCUCCAGGCGAUGCAAAGAAAGGAAGAAGACGGUGUCGUUUAGUAGCAUGCCAACAGAGAAGAAGAUCAGCAGCGCAAGCGACUGCAUUAAUUCAAUGGUAGAAGGCUCAGAACUGAGGAAAGUUCGCUCCAACUCCAGAGUUUACCACCGCUACUUUCUGCUGGAUGCCGACAUGCAGUCCCUGCGGUGGGAGCCUUCAAAAAAAGAAUCGGACAAGGCCAAGAUCGACGUCAAAUCUAUCAAAGAGGUGCGAACAGGCAAGAACACAGAAACCUUCAGGACCAACGGUAUUUCGGAUCAGAUAUCCGAGGACUGCGCGUUCUCCAUCAUUUACGGGGAAAACUAUGAGUCGCUUGAUUUGGUGGCAAACUCAGCUGAUGUAGCAAAUAUAUGGGUGACGGGACUCAGGUACCUCAUAUCGUAUGGAAAACACACUCUUAACAUGAUUCAAAGUAGCCAGGACAACAUGCGCGCCUCUUGGCUGGGCAACCUCUUUGAGGACGGGGGUGCGAACGGCAGUGGAAAAUCCCUUAGUCUUUGUUCGGCCGUACAGCUGAUCAAGAAGUUAAGUCCCGGACUCAAAAAUAUCAAGAUAGAGCUUAAGUUCAAAGAGUUGCACAAAGCGAAAGAUAAAACGGGUUGCGAUGUGACCAUGGAUGAGUUCAUCGAAGUCUUUCAUGAUCUUUGCACAAGACCGGAAAUUUACUUUUUGUUAGUUCAGUUCUCCAGCAACAAGGAAUUUCUUGAUACUAAGGACUUGAAGAAAUUCUUGGAGGCAGAACAGGGUAUGGCCAACGUCAGUGAGGACAUCAGCGUGGAGGUCAUUCAGAAAUACGAACCCUCAAAGGAGGGACAGCUCAACGGAUGGCUCUCUCUGGAUGGAUUUACCAAUUACCUCAUGUCACCAGACUGCCAUGUUUUUGAUCCUGAACAAAAAACGAUAUGCCAAGACAUGAACCAACCUCUGUCUCACUAUUACAUCAACUCCUCGCAUAACACCUACCUGAUUGAGGACCAGUUUAGGGGUCCGUCAGACAUAACAGGGUACAUCCGGGCCCUAAAGAUGGGCUGCAGAAGUGUGGAGCUUGAAGUUUGGGAUGGGCCAGAUAACGAACCGGUCAUUUACACAGGCCACACGAUGACCUCGCAGAUCAUUUUCCGAAGCGUCAUUGACAUCAUCAACAAAUAUGCCUUAGUGGCAUCGGAAUUUCCUUUAAUCUUGUGCUUGGAGAACCACUGCUCAUUGAAGCAACAGAAGGUAAUGUUUCAGCAUCUGAAAAAAAUACUUGGGGACAAAAUUCAUUUUGACCCUCCCAACCUUGACGACAGCUACCUUCCGUCCCCCUCCGAACUAAGAGGCAAGAUUCUUUUGAAGGGAAAGAAACUAGCCAGCAACUUCACUGGAACAGAAGGGGAGGUGACCGAUGAAGACGAGGGGGCCGAAAUGUCUCAACGGGUGAACAGUGAACAAGGAGGUGACCAGCAGACUGUUGCUCAACCCAAAAAGUUUCAGCUAUGCAAGGAUUUAUCUGAUUUGGUAUCCUUGUGUAAAUCUGUUAGAUUUAAGGAUUUUCAGACCGCUUUCCAGAAUCAGAAGCACUGGGAGCUUUGCUCCUUCAAUGAGGUCUUUGCCAGUAGGUGUGCCACUGACCAUCCUGGAGACUUUGUGAACUACAAUAAGAAGUUUCUGGCGAGAGUUUACCCCAGUCCAAUGCGAAUUGAUUCCAGCAAUAUGAACCCACAGGACUUUUGGAAAUGUGGCUGUCAAAUAGUAGCAAUGAACUAUCAAACUCCAGGACUUAUGAUGGACCUUAACAUCGGCUGGUUCAGGCAGAACGGGAACUGUGGUUAUGUCCUCCGUCCAGCUAUCAUGAGGGAGCAAGUGUCUUAUUUUAGUGCCAAUACUAAAGACUCCGUUCCAGGAGUGUCUCCACAACUCCUUCAUAUAAAGAUUAUUAGUGGACAAAAUUUCCCCAAACCCAAGGGCUCAGGCUCCAAAGGCGAUGUCGUGGAUCCCUACGUUUACGUGGAAAUACACGGCAUCCCCGCAGAUUGCGCAGAGCAGAGGACUAAAACUGUCCAUCAGAACGGUGACAAUCCUAUUUUCGAUGAGAGUUUUGAGUUUCAAAUUAACCUUCCUGAGCUGGCGAUGGUGCGCUUUGUUGUUUUGGAUGACGACUACAUUGGCGACGAGUUUAUUGGUCAGUACACGAUUCCAUUCGAGUGCAUUCAGCCGGGCUUCCGACACAUUCCCCUGCAGUCUCUUACGGGUGAAGUACUUCCACAUGCCUGGCUCUUCGUCCAUGUGGCCAUUACCAACCGGCGUGGUGGGGGGAAACCUCACAAAAGGGGGCUUUCUGUCCGCAAGGGUAAACGGGGUCGGGAAUAUGCCACCAUGAGGAUACUUCUCAUCAAAGCCUUGGAUGAAGUCUUCAAAACUGCCGCACAGCCGCUUCGGGAAGCCACGGAUCUCAGAGAGAACAUGCAGAAUGCCAUUGUGCCAUUUAAAGAGCUCUGCGGUCUGUCAGCGGUGGCCAAUCUAAAGCAGUGUAUUCUGGCCCUCUCCCCACGCCUCACUGGCCCGGACAACAGACCGGUUCUGCUGUUUAACCUCGAAGAUGAGUACCUGACCGUGGAGGCCCAGGGACUGCUGCCUGAAGUUCUGAAGAAAGUCGUGGCUGCUUAUGAGAUGAUGAUCCAAACCAGCCGGACGCUGCUGGAAAACUCGGACAGCAUUUACGAGAAAAUACUGCAGGUCCAGAAAGCAGCAAUGGAGUUUCAUGAGAAUCUGCAUGACAUGGCUGUGAAGGAAGGGCUGAAGGGACGAAAACUCAAUAAGUCUGUGGAGAGCUUUACCUGGAAUAUCACCAUUUUGAAGGGCCAGAGCGAUCUGUUGAAACACGCCCGUGCCGAAGUGCUGGAAAACCUAAACCAGAUCCACUACGCCGCCCUCGCGUGUAACCUGGUGAAGGGGGCGCCGGGGCCAUCGUCCGAAUCCAAUAGCUGUCGCAGUCUGGAGGCGAUCCCGGAGAAAGCCGUCAGGGAGGAGGACAUCACGGAUGAAGAGAACUGAGUUCACGGAACAUUCCCUCCAAAUCCUGCAAGUCCUCUUCCCGUGUCCCGCUCCGGGGUCGGUGUGUGCCGAGCCGGCCGAGAAGGUUUCAAACGAGCUCUGCGCAUCCCACCCACAGGAUAUCUCCAAAAGAAACAGGAAGAAGUGUUUUCAUGCGAGGGGGGGCCUUUCUACAAGCACAAACCUUGAGUAUUAAGAGAAGUUAGAACUGGAACGGUGAAUGUAAUAGGACGUGAGAAAGAACACCCGAGAGCUGUUUACAAUAAAGAACUAAUUCAUGUUCUGUCUGCCAAAUUUGGAUGUGAGUGUGUGUGUGUGUGUGUACAGUACAUAUAAGGUAUAAAUAUAUAUAUAUAUAUAUGGAGAUCUGUUACUUUUUUUGCUAUGUGAAAUUUUAAUGGAUCAAAUUAUUUUGUUAAGACAAACGGGUGUUUUAAAGACUUCAUGUUUUAUUUGCUUGUACAGACCUAAAACGUGGCCAGAAAGGAUGACGUGGCACAACCGGAGACCCUUUUCCGGGUGGGUUUUUUUUCUUUGUAUAGACGCGGGAGAAACCCGGAACGUGCCACGCUGUGGUUGGAGAGAGAGUCUAAUAUUAGAUUUUACCAGCAGUUGUUGUACUGUACUGUACAUGUGAGUAGGUAAGAAUCUCUGAGCCGAUUGUUGUGUCUCUUUGGCCACAUACACACUGCAGAGUUUCAGAAGUGACGUCCACGGCACUGAAUCAUUUUAUAGAGGUAUUAUACAUAUUAAAUGUUGGCGGACGCUUUGACAUGUCAAAUGUGGCAUCUAUGUAUGUAUAUCUAUGGACCAUUCUUGAUGGGACACGGGAGUCACUCCUGAACUGGUACCCGUCAAUAUAGUGAUAACCACGGCAACGGUUUGGUGUCUCGCUGCUGUUAAGGAUGCAUGGGUGCCGUUUACCCCACUUGAUGUAUUUUUGAUUAUAACAGUAUGCCCACAUUACCCUCCUGAAAAAACAAUACAACCCUGCCCGUUUAAUGGAUUUAAUGGUUAUAAUGGAAACUGUAUUGGAAUGGUAUGUGAUGGAUUCUUUUGGUGGGAUGUUGGAAUAAUGGCUAAAACUACAUAAGGGAAUUUGUAAUGGUUUUAAUGGAAAAAGCUAGUGGCUCCUAUUUUCAUAUUUUAAUUAGAAUUUCUGUGAUGGUUUCUAUUGGGUUUCUGUUGUUGUUUUUUCAGCAGGGUAGUGUACGUACAGUAUUAGUGAACUUGUUUACAAAGGCACCUUAUUUCGUUUUUGCAUCUCAAGCGUUCUGUUUGAGCAUUUGCCACGAAAUCUUCAAACGAGUCACGGCGUUUCUGUGAUUUUCUAGCACCUGAGAUGAGCCGUCAGUGUCAGAGAGUGACAUCACUGCAUUAACAACCGUUUUCCUUUCUGUACACAAUACAGAUUUUGUGUAAAUGUGGUUGUGACGACGUGAUUUUUUAUUUGUGAACCAAACCCUCGGGUGGGAAUCACUAAGUGCAGAAUGGCCCGUUGACUUUUGAUUUUGCUGUUGUGUGAACAGAACAUCAAGCGUUGUAUAGCAAAGUAACCAAAUGGAAUGUAGCUGCAGUGUGUCCGUGGCUUUCGAGAUCAAACCGAAUACUGUACAUCGAGUGUUGUGGUUUAGCUUCUCAACCAUUCCUGGAAACAAAAGUAGUUUGUCUGUUUAUGAAUACUGUUCCGAUUUUGCCUUGUUAUCCGUCUCACGUUGCCUUUUUCUAACCCAACGAGUUGCUUAGAGUUUGUAAGUCUUUGUCUCCGGCUUGUUCCUUCGGCCUUCUCUUUGUGCCAAUCUACUGUUGAACCACUUACAUUGGACUUGACAAGUUGUGAGCAGAGAUUCGACUGAAUGAGUGCUUUGUUUAUACAUUUCAGUGCUGUUAUUGUGUAUUUAUAUCCGUAGUCAGUCAUUUAUACCAGUGAGGAUUGUCUUGAUAGUCUUAAAGAGAAUAUCAGUUCUGUUAAGACCCGACGCUCUGAAAUAAACCAUGUUUAAGUUCUUUAA